CUAGGCAUCUCCAUUACGGAAUCUCCACCGUUUUGACGCGCGCGCUCACACUCACACUCACACAUAACAUUUCUUCAAACUGAAAAAACAAUGGCGGAGAAAGGAGCUUCGAUGGUUCGCAAACCCGAGGACGAAUCCAGUGGGCCUCCUAAUCCUUUGCUUUCGGUCAUCUCGAAGUUCACUAAGUUUGUUAAUUCCCGUUUUCCACCACCACCGGCGGAGAAAGACGUAGUGAAGGUGGAAACGGAGAGCAAAGGGAGUGGAGAUUCAAUUUUUCGCAGUAGUGAAGUCGUGGAGCCGGAGGCGUCGAAACCGGUGGUUGUAAGGUUUCCUGAUGCUCGGACGACGACAGUUCCUCCGUUGAAGGUCGAAGCGGAAGAGUUGGAGCAAGAUACCAAUCCUGUUGUUCUUUGGCAGGUUUAUGCAAUUGGAGGAUUUUUCGUUUUGAGAUGGGUGUUGGCAAGAUGGAAAGAGCGAAGGGCAAAUAAGAAGAAGUCAAAUGAAAAUUCACCACCACCACCAACAGCAUCAGCAUCAGGAGCCGAUGAAUAGGCAUGUAAAAUGGUGUUUGGAUUCAGUUUACUUGUAAAAUGGCACAUAAUCAAGGAGGAGUACUCUUUGUUUUUACCAUGUAUAAAACCCUGAAUUUAAAUGUUGGUCGUAAUCCUUAAUAUAUCCCAUGCUUCAUCUA